GAGCGCCUGAAAUGCGAGUCGAGAGAUACAGUACGGAGAUCACCAAGCCAUCUCGCGCAUGCCACUUCACAUACAACACAUAAAUGUACGUAAACAGUGUCGCUGAGCCUUUGCCACAGACACACCCCGGCCAUGACGAGUGCGAACUUCCGCAAAGCCUACUACUCCUCGCUGGGCGUCCAAGUUGUCGAAGUGAAGCCGUCCCUCGAAACCGCUCUCCAAGGCGACAUCCUUAACAUUGAGCGCCUAAACAAAUUGUGCCUGUGGGUGCGCAUCCCGCACUCGUACCGGGCACUGGUAUGGAAGGUGCUCCUAGGGACGGUAUCCUUGACCAAGGAGGUGUGGGGUUUUGCAGACGCUCAGCGGGCUGAGCAGUAUGGCGAUCUGAGGAGGUGUGUGCAGUGUAUGGAUGGAGGCAGCAGAGCCGAUGAGGAACUCACACCCUCGACAAUGGUUCGCAUGCUACUGAUCCAGCUUGACACGGACGAUCAAGUGCCGCAUCAUCUAUCCGGAUCACUGGACCGCUCCAAAUCAUCACAUCUGCUUGCACUCGCCAACACAAUCCUGGAGAUCUGCGAAGAGAACGAGGAAGAGGCGUACUGGCUAUUUGAGUACUUUGUGCGGAAGUACCGUGUUCCGCUUGUCGUGCAUGACAGAACAUCAGCGGAUAGCGGGGUUCGGGAAAAGCCAGACGGCCACGACAUCUCCACCUCUCCAGACUCCGACGCUGACCCACCCCCAUCCCCCAUCGCAAAACUCGAAGAAGACCGCAUCAGCAUGGAAAUCGGCGCCCUCUCCACCCUCCUCAAAACCCACAACGAAGAGCUUCUCACCCACAUCCUCUCCCUCGGCCGCCCGCUCUCAACUUACUGCUAUGCCUGGUUCCGCACCUACUUUGCCAGCGUGGUGCCUCCGCACUGCCUCGAGGGCGUCUGGGACAUCCUCAUUGGCGGCGCACCGGGCAUAUUGCCAUAUCUGGGCCUGAGUGUGUUUCUGGCGAGUAAGCGCAAGAUCCUUGCUGUGCGCACGUCGGCGCAGCUGGUGGAGUUGCUGAGUCAGGUGGAGAACAUUGUCGAUAUGGACGCGGUGGCGAAUACGGCGAUCGAUAUGUGGGAGCGGCCGGUACUGGAGGGCAUGUCGAAGGAGCUCAGGAAGGCUUUGGGAUACAAUUUCUGAGAGUAGUACCCAUGAUAGCCCUAUUUUUGGAAUGGCUGUCGAGCCGCGAAAGCAAUCAACCCAACGGCGUUUUUUUGGGCGGUGGAUCGGCCCCUACAGCGUUAGAGAUACCCAUAGUUACGCAGCUUCCACACAAUCUAGAUGUUCGAAUAAAGGCCAAGAUCGGGUCGAAUUUGAUUUACAGACAAUCCAACUGAACUCCGCUCGAACAUCGUUCGUCGGCAGCCAUCGUCAACCAGGAUGCGUUGCACGCUUUGUCA